ACAAUCUAUAUUUAAUCUUUGUUUGAAUGUCAGUUAGUGGGGUGUGCGCUGAGCUAUGUUGCUGUAAAUUUCAAUUGUGUAAUUUUGUUUACUGCUAACGUUUUGUGUGAUAUUUUGUUAAAAAUACACGAAGUAUUAUAAAUGUGUUAUAUUUAAAUAUUAUUACAAUUAUUUGUUAUAUAUUUAUUAAUCCAACUGUUAACAUUUAUGAGAAGGAUGCUUAGAGGAAGAGUACCACAUUUAUUUCACUGUGCAUUUUUUUUAUCAUUUAUAUAUUUGGCUUUGGUCUUGGCUGGUGCCAUAAGUCUUGAUAAUAAAGAAAAACCUUAUAUAGAUCCAUGGGAAACAUAUACAGUCUUUGGAGCACUUGUGUUAUAUUUUCUUAGACUCCUCACUCUAUUAACUAUCCCUCAAGUUCUCUGUAACUUUUGUGGGUUAUUGUUUUUUAAUGCAUUCCCUGGUAAAGUAAAAUUGAAAGGAUCUCCAUUGCUUGCUCCAUUUAUAUGUAUUAGGGUAGUAACUAGAGGAGAUUUUCCUAAAUUAGUUAGAGAUAAUGUCACAAGGAAUAUGAAUAUGUGCUUGGAUGUUGGAAUGGAAAACUUUAUGAUUGAAGUUGUGACAGAUAAAGCUAUAAACCUGCCAAAGCAUAGAAGAGUGAGAGAAGUUGUGGUACCAGCAGAGUAUAAAACGAGAACUGGCGCACUUUUUAAGUCGAGAGCCUUGCAGUAUUGCUUGGAGGAUAACAUCAAUAUAUUGGCUGAUAAUGAUUGGAUUGUACAUCUGGAUGAGGAAACUUUAUUAACAGAGAACUCCGUGCGUGGGAUAUUAAAUUUUGUGUUGGAUGGACAAUGUCAAUUUGGUCAAGGCCUUAUCACUUAUGCUAAUGAAAUUAUUGUAAACUGGCUGACAACUUUGGCGGAUAGUUUUCGUGUUGCCGAUGAUAUGGGGAAACUGAGAUUUCAAUUUUACGUGUUCCAUAAGCCUCUCUUUAGCUGGAAAGGAUCAUAUGUUGUGACCCAAGUUGGUGCAGAAAAAAAGGUGUCAUUUGACAAUGGUCUUGAUGGUUCUGUGGCUGAGGACUGUUACUUUGCCAUGAAAGCGUACAGAGAUGGCUAUUCAUUCAACUUUGUUGAAGGGGAAAUGUGGGAAAAGUCACCAUUUACGCUAUGGGAUUUCAUGCAGCAAAGGAAGUGGAUUCAAGGUAUACUUUUGGUUGUCCAUUCAAAGGAAAUACCUCUUCAAUAUAAAAUUUUUCUAGCAAUUUCAUGUUACUCAUGGGCAACACUGCCAUUAUCAACCAGUAAUAUAUUAUUAAAUGCUUUUUGUCCGAUACCAUGCCCCCAUUUCCUAGAUUUAAUAUGUUGUUUUGUGGGCGCCGUCAACAUAUAUAUGUAUAUAUUCGGUGUCAUUAAAUCAUUUCCUAUACAUAGAUUUGGUACAUUGAAAUUCUUUUUAUUUGUUGGUAGUGCAUUGACAGUCAUACCGAUAAAUGUUGUUCUUGAGAACAUAGCUGUUGUAUGGGGUCUUGUAGGGAAGAAACAUAAAUUUUACAUUGUUAAUAAGGAAGUUAAGAUACCUGUUACUGUAUAAAUAGUAUUAUUAUUAUUAUUUAUAAUAAAAAUUGCACAAAUUACUUAAGAGUUGAAAUAUGAUGCAUGAUAGGUUAAUCUGUGUUUGUGAUAUCUUUAUCAAAGAUUUAUUUAAUUCAUGAACAAGUGAUUAUUCACCCAUUUUAUGUUACCAAAGAUUAAAAAAUUUAAGGAGUAAUAUUUUAGUUUUGUGUAUGUUAAAAAUAUAAAUUGUUAUUUAUUUCCUUUAAUUGCUAUUAUUUUCCAUAUGAGGUAUUCUAAUAUCCGUGACCAUAAAAUGUGAGAUUUAUAUUCAUAAUAAUUUAAUAUUUGUAUGCUAUUUUUUUUAUCUGUUGUUACAUUUUUUAAAAUAGUUUUUUUUUUUUAAUAUAACAAAUUAUGUGGCGGGGCCUUUUGUAAGAAUUGUUGAUUACAAAUUUAUAUGUUUGAACCAUUCACAAAAGUAUUAUUUACAAGUAGCAAAAAUUUGAAUUCUGUUUAAUUUCUAUAGCAAUAGAGUUGUAAGAUUUUAAGUGUUAGUAUUAAUGUAUGGUUUAAAACAUAUCUUGAAUUAUGUACUUAAUAAAGCAUGUUGUUUGCAUACAUGGUGUUCAGAUAAAUAAGCUUUGUGUUCAACAGUAUCUGAUAUGUAUUGUCCUAGAUAUUAUUAAUACACAAAAAUAACUUAAGUUUCUUUCAUAGUUAUUAGAUUUUUCUGUAACAGCAAGUAUUAGUUUUUCAAUUCUUUUUUAUUCACAUUUAUUUCUAAUCAAUAGUACCAGUGUCAUUUCUGUUUUAAUUUUUCAUAGAUAUACUUUGAAUAUAUACAUAUAUAUAUUUAUAUAUUUAAUACUGUGAUAAUAGUAUUGAAGUGAUAAUUUUAACCACCUUUCUUAUAUCACAAGUGAAAAACAUUACUCGUACAUCUAGUAGUUUGAUGAAUUUUUUGUCAAUUGCAUUAUGUUAAACCUUGUUAAAUUAAUAAAAAUAAUAUUAAUUGUUUUUCAUUAAGUAGUUACAUGAAAAGUAUUCUUUGUUAUUAUAAAAUUGAAAUGUUACAAAUAAGAGUCGUGACUGAUUUAAUAAAAAAUUUAAAGUUCAAAAAUAUGUGUAGGAAGCCUUUUGUAAUGAAAUUGUAAGAUGUUGAUUCCUUUAAACCUUUGCUAAAAUUAUAUUUAGUACAAAUAAAUCUCAAAAUGUACUUCGUUUUUUAUGAUAAAGAUUGUUAAUAAAAAAAUACAGUAGCAUCACUGUUUUAAAAUAUUUGACUAGUCAUAAUAAAAUUUACGUGUAAAAUCUAAAUUGUAAUCAUCCAUAGUAGAUAGUUAUAAUUUUCCAGUAACAUUUAUAUCUAUGGCAUGUUAAGUACGUAAGUAUUUAAAUUGUUUAUAACAUUCAAACUUCAAUGAGUCCCAACGCCUCGUACGAAUUUGCAUUACUUAAACGACAAUUUAAAAGUUUUUAUUCAUGAAUCUUCACAUAAGACGGUACAGCAAAAGUUUUUGAAUGUUAAGCCUUUAAGCGUCUAUUAGUAUGACGAUGUCAACGUCGGCUAUGAAAACAAUGUUAACACAAAUUCCUUUAGUGCGAACACGCGAUCCCUAAUUUACUGUAUGCUUCCCGAUGACAAAUUGAAAUCAAAGCUGCUAUUAUACAAAACAACUCGGUUGUGGUCACAUAAUGCAUUCGCUAAUUAAAAUUGGAUUAUACAAUUGACGUUUAGUUGAUGCAUUCCUAAUUUGAUAGGUUAUUUCAUUCAAUCAUUCGAGAAUCCUUCGUUACGUCCAAAAAUUCUGUUAUGCUCCGAUUUAAAAUAAUGGUUAAUUUAUUUUCAUGAAACCAUUAAUUCUCAUUUAUUCGAACAUUCGAUAAAUUAUAAAUAUAAUUUAAAUAAACUUAGAAUAAUAGUUAAUAGAUCAAUUAUAGGAAAGAAAGGGCUAUAAAUCUGCUUGCAUAGAUAGAAUACCCAUAUAUAAUGUACAAAAUAUUUUUUUUCACGCGUGUGAUUCGAUAUAAAAUUAAUGAAAACAAUAUCUAAGUCGAUAUCCCGAAGAUAACGCUGAAGCUAUUUGAUUCACAAUCAGUCUGACGAUCAGAAUAUUACUUUUUUCAAUAUCACAGACCUAAUGGUUAUAUGUUAUAUAAUAGGAAUGGUUAGUUUAUUUUGUAUUAAUGAUUGUAUCAUAUUACUGUCUUGUAUGUGUGUGUGUGGUAAAAUAAUAUUCGGCACGAUAUUCUAGAUUAUAUCUUAUUGUGCAAAUAAACGAUGGCAUAUU